CAAAAAAUGGCGGCCACGGGAAAAGGCCGACUUUCCCACUUCAGAUCGAAAUUGGAGGUUUGUGGUCUUUGUUUACGUUUUCUUGAUUCGAAAAACAACAUUUAAUAAAGAAGUCUUUGAUUAACAGCUUUUUCCACCGAUAGAAAGUUUUAUUUCUUUUGCCUAAGAGGAACUUUCAUCUUCCAAAAAUGUGAUCUUUGCUGUUUUGGUCUUGAUUCUCAGGAACUUGACUGCCCAUAUCUAGGUGGUGUGGAAGAUUCGUGGAUAGAGGAACUGUUGUUUAAACCUGGAGAACCAAGGUUGAGACUUUUGCAGUGGGCAAUAGGAAAGUAUGACGACAAUUUCUGAAUUGUUUGACCAUAUUUAUGUUGGUUAAUUAUAAAGUGAUACGCAGUGUGCAUGUACUGUAGGUUCGACAAUUAAUUAUGACCACGGUAAGAUUUCUGCACAGCCCAUACUCCACUAGGCAUGCUGUUCGUGGUUAAAAAUUAAUGAAUAAGACAAUAGAAUGCGGAAAUCUUACCAUGACCACUAAAAUGGAGACUACACUGUAGUAGUAUUUACACAGUACAAGCAAACUAGUACAUUUAUAAGGGAGGAAGAUCAAAGUGUGUCACUUCUUUCAUCAUGCACAUACAACAACCGGUGUAAAACUCUAAACAUUCCAUGUCUUUAUGCUACAAAAUACUGAAACUCACACCUAUUGUAAGGCCUUUGACAUAAUAUUAUGUACACUGAAGCAACCCUAAAUUAUGGAAAGGUUUACUUGAUAAAGGAAUGGUAGUUACAAAUGGGAAAGAUUUUCUAAUUUGUGAGGAAGAGAAGUACGUGUUCAUGUCAUCUAUUCAUCCCUUUUUUUCUCUUGUCCUUUAUAUCUUGUCGAAUAUAUAAAAAAAAGCUGUUACAUACUACGCCACUUUGCAGCCUUGUAAAAUAUCCACCUUUAUUUACUGCCACUUUGGCAAAUAAUUGUAGAUCUUUUCAUUGUAAGUUUAAAUAUUUACAGCUGUACAUGUACAUGUAUGUUGUGGUCUUAAAAUGAUUUGUGUGAGAAUGAUUUUAAACAAGUUGGAUGUGUAAUUUCUAAUUUUUAUAAACUCCCUUUGACUCUUAAGUGUGACCAGCAUCUAAUUUCUCCAUGCAAAAUCACCCUUGAUUCUCAUAAAUUAAGGUCAUAAGAAUAAAGGAAAUGAUCACCAAGCAAAGAAGCUCAUGAUUGUUACACAAAUUCUCCUUGUUAGCACCUCAGGAAAGGUAUAGAGAACAGUAUGGAGAAUAUGCAUGCUGAUGUUAGGGUGUGCAGAAUUAAAGGACUUUGGUAAAGUACUGUGUACUUAGUACAAAGAGGAAAACAAUUAAAACCAGCUUGAAAUAUUUUUGAUAAGGAAUUUCUUUUAAUCAAAUAUGCAUUUAUAAUUUUCAUCUGACUUUGUAUUUUGGUUUUGUAAUGUCUUAUUGUAUCGGUAGAUUUGAUCCAGUCAUAUACAAUAUGUUGGAGAACCAGCAAAGCAAGGCUAUGGGCAGAAAUGACUCCAGAAUGCAAAGUAAGUAAAGCUCUACAUUUAAAUUAAUUGUUGUCUUAUCCAUGUACAGUGACUGAGGUGUUUUUAACAUAGACAUGUAUCUAGUUGAUUGUGAUAGUGCAUGUGUGUUUCAGAUAGAAAAAAAAACUGGUCAUAGUGCCAUCGCUACUCAUGCUUUUUACUGGCAAUAGAUUAGCCUGCAAUGCAGGUGUCUUAGUAGGAAAGGUUAGAGUUACCAGCUUGCAAUCAUUUGUGCAGUUGGCCAUGUUUGAUGUUGAGUUAGAAUGGAUAGUGAGAAAGGGGCAGGAAAAGAUGCAAACAGAGUUUCCCAAAAGUACAAUGAUCAAGGGCAGGUGUGAUUUCUAUAACCCACCCCUCCCCUCUCCUUUCUUUUGACCAUCACUCACCCUGUCGGUACAAAUUUCUCUCUCUUCCCAGUCUUUUGCUGCUAUGAAAAUCAAAGAUGGCAGCUUUAAUUUUCAGCAAGAAAAUACGAAGCAUUGCUAACCAAAAUUGUACCUGCUCUACAAACAAGAGUUAGAUCUUAUACAUUUUACAGGUGGUAAUAAGAGAUAACUGAAUUAUUGUCAUUAUUGAUCUAAUAAAAUUGAUUAAUUUGAAAAAGCAAACAUGUGAUUUGUUAUUCCUUUGUAGAGCUGCUGUUUGCAUGUCACCUUAUAGGACUCUGUAAAAGUGAUGAUAUUGACCUUGUACAGGUAAUUAAAAAAAGUUCCUCAUUUAUUUUCACAAGUCAUAUAGCAGUGAUACAAAACCAUCAGUAACAAAGGGUUGCUUCAGUGUGAGAAGAGGUGAGGGCCUCAAUUUCCUCAAUUUUUUCCACUAACAAAGGUGUUAUCCAAAACUUUAGGAAAUAUCUGACUGGGACUACAUUAUUUAAAAGUGUUGUGCAUGGUUUUCGAUCUGUAAGCAACAACAAAAAAGGAAAUUUUAUGUGUUCUGGAAAAUUACUUGCAGAUGGAAAAAUGAGAAAGGUUGUAGUUGUUAUGAGACUAAAUAAAUAUUGUAGAUGUUGUUUAUUAGACCCCUGGAAAUACUAGAAUUUUGAUCUUCUGUUACUUGCUGUUCAAUACAGGGUAACAAAUCUAAAAACAAACAAGCAGUGUUCUGGGAAAACCUGUUAGAUCUUGUUAGUAUUGUUGAGUCAUCAGGGAGGAUUAGUCAUUUUACCACCCCAGUGAGAACAGCCAGGUAUGAAUUUUUUAUACAGAAUAAUGAGUGUAAAUUAACCCUGCACUUCCAUGAGUGACCAUGAGAGAAUUUCACCUCACAAUAUCAAUACCAUAUCAAUCAGACAAGUGAUGAGAAUAAAGAAAAAUAUCAAUAAGGGAAUUUUAGGUUGAUCCAAUACCAUAUUAUGUGAACUAAGAUCAGAAGAAUGGAAUGGUAUAUGUAGAUAGAAAGGAGAAUUACUAGUGAGAUCCUGGGGUGAAAGUACAACCCAAUUAAGCCCAUCUAUACUACUGUCAUAUCUUUAAGCAAAGAUGUCCUCUUAGCACAAUUUUGGACUGCUAAAGGCUCAUCUUCCAGAAAUCUGUGGUGCCCAGCACCUGAAGAAUUUUUCAGUCAACGAAAAAAUUUAGUCACCCCUUGGCACCAGUCUCUGCCUGAGCACUAUCCUAUCAACAAAUGAUAAAUAAGAUUUUUCAUCCAUUUGAAUACUGAAUUCAUUUUUUUAAAAAAAGAAAUUCUGCCCAGAGAUACAUGCACUUAAAAUUAAGUAAAAAAAUUGUAUAUCACCACUUCUUUUCUUAGUUUACAGUCUGGAACUCACUUUUCUUUAGAAGAGCAAUUUAGAAGUGACUGCUACUUUUUUGAUGGUUUAUGUCGUCAAGAAGACCUUCAGAAUGUCUUUAGGUCAAAAGUUCAGCUUUAUCCUCCUGAUUUGAUGAAAACAACAUCUGGACUUGAGAACAAAAAGUAGGUAACAUAAACAUAGCAUGUGUUACUUGAAAUAUCGGGGUCGUGUAUUUGCAACAAAACUGUCUAUGAAGAAAUCUUUAUCUCCAACGUAGCUUUCUGUUGAACUCUCUGAAGCUCUGACACUUGAAACAUCAGCUUUAGACCAUAUUAUUAUCUUGUAAUACCCACCUCUCCCACUGAUGCAGCACCACAGUUUCUUUGGAAAUGUACCCCACUUUGUUCAUGUAGAAGGCUACAUGGAUUCUCCCAUGAAAGUAAGCAAACUGAUUGCUCCUUCACAUGAAAAUGAGAGUUCAUUUCAGAUGGAAACAUGAUGCACUUUUUUUUUUAAUAAUGGUGUUGCACCUAACCUCUCCUUGAUAACAGGGCUUAGGGCAACCUAGAAAUUGCAUGCCAUAUUAUUUGUUGCUCAUCAGGGUGUGCUGUGAGUGAUGUAUACACCUGUUAUUAACAUUCAGAUAAUGAGGUCACAAUUUCUAUAGAGCGUUUUGUUAAGAUGUCAAAGUUAUCAUUAACCAUCAUGAAUAUUCAUUUUGUUCAAGACCAUUUUAAGCAACCAUUCCAAAAGGUUAUUCAGUCUUUCUUUAAUGCAUAUCACAUUAUGUAUUUAAAGAUAAUUAUUUGUUGUUGGUUCUUUUUUUUUUUGUAAUGAAUAAUAGAAUACCUGAUGAGAAGCAGUUGAUAUCAGUUACUGAAAAACUGGCAUGUGAAUUGGAAGAACAGAGCAAACAGCUGGAUGAGUUGAGAGAGAGUGUAUGUCAAGUUUUAUGUACUGUUUUCUUACCGGUAAUGACUUUUAACACUGGCAAUUUACUGUACAUGUAUGCAUCUCAAACUUAGGAAUAAUUUAUCUAUAGUUCUUGCAUAAUGAUCAACCUGCUGCAAAUUAAAUUUGAUUCAGAGGAAAUGCCAAAUACUAAAUUUUUAGAAUCUAGUAAAUUUUAAAAUUUGCUAAAAAAUUGAUGAGUCAAUUUGAGAGAGCUUGCAUUUUUACUCAUCAGGCUCCAUUGUGUGAUGCUGAUACUGUUACAGUUGAGAAAGUGAGUAAGACAUUAUCACUGUCACUCACAACUAUGGCUCAAGUUGUGUCUGGAUUUCUUCAUUGCUUUGAGACUGAGAUGAAGCCAUGGUGUAAACGCCCAGCACCUGUCUUGUCAGGUACACAAACUCUUCUUAGCAAGUGCAGUAUUCAUUGUGGUGGUUUCUUGUGAUUAUUAAUUCAGAAGUGUUUGUUGAGGGUAGUGGUAUCAGCUUUUAUUGAAUGAGUAUUGCAGAACCAAAACUAAACUAAGCUCAACAGCCAGCAAAAAAAAAUUUGGAUCCAAUAUGAUUUGAACCCUCAAACAAAACAAAACAAAACAAAAAAAUUGUGAUAGUAUUCCUUUAAGACCCCUCUAACAUUUGCCUCACUCCUAACAUGCGGCUUUGUACAUGUAGCUCAGUUGAUAGUAACACCUCACUGCUGGGAAAGCACAGUUUCCCAGAUCAUUGUUGAUAAUAGUUUAUCAAACCCCUUUUCAAUGCAGAUUUAUAAGCUAGCCCUAAGCAUCCAGGCUUCUAUACUUUUCUUUUGUGUCUUUUGUGGUCUAACUGACUCAUACAGUAAUUUCUCCUAAUCACAGAGGUUGGUCCAGCAUUCAGCAGAGUUCAUACUCUUUUAUCAAGAUACACAGAGGUGAGAUUAACAUAGGUAAACUUUUGAUAUACUUGCGUGGCUUAUGGUAGAAGGUCAGAGCCUGAAAAUAGAUAGAUUCCAUCUUGCCGCGUGUCUGUUCAGUAAUAGAUCACAGACGGCGUCAAAAUAUGGCAUGAAAAAAAGAGUGGCGCACGAAGAACAGCCGAGUGUGUCACUGAGGUUCUUACUACAUUUUGACGUCUUCUUUGUUGUAUUACUGUAUAGAACUACGUCAAAGUGGAAACAAAAAUGUCUAUUUUAUGAGAAAAAAAAGCAAAAUGUUUUUAGUGGUGCAGGUGUCAUCUAUGGGUCUGACCACCAGUAGAUCAUAAGGAAGAACCAAUCAAACUGCGAGUAUGGUUCUGAUAAUCAUAAUUUCUUUUUUUUGGGUGAUUUUUUUUAGCUCAUUCAAAACUUAGGAACAAUCAAGAGCUCAUACGGUAAAUUAUGCCAUGACAGUAAAGACAAAAUAUCUACAAGACAAAAAGACGAUACAGGUAAGAUGCUGUUGAUGGAGGCAGGCCUUCUUAGAUAAGUUGCCAGAACGACGAAAAGGUAUCAUAAGAGCUUAUAUUGACGCCUGAGGUAUUCCUUCCCUCUUUGCUGCUCAUUAUUUUCCGCACAAUAAUGACAUCCUAAAUGUAUAAAUGUGCAAGUGUGCCGUCAUUCAGGGCCUUAGCUUCACAAUAUCGGUUAACCAGCGUAUGUUUUGUCUUUUUCUUGCGGAGGUUUUAUCUAACGUUCCUUCCCACUUUGCUGUGUCAAACAAUUAUUUUCCGUGCUGAUACACUAAUGAUGCAUCCCAGUAAAUUUAUAAAUGGUUUUUGAUAGUUUUAGUUUAAGAAACUCUAGAUGUCCCUGAAACUUAGCCUGAUCCAGACGUUCAUUCAGUAAAACGGGACGGAGUAGAAAAUAUGCAAUAGUAGCGGCAGAACGAAAGCGAUGGAUCCAGUUAACCAGCGUAUGUUUUUCCUAGUUUAUUAUCUUUUUUUGCUUACUUCCGGCUGGAACAGGGUACCAAAAAUCUAGUUAUUACAGAAAGAAAAUGUUACCUUCCUCUAACUUGUUCUCUCGAACCCUUUAAUACCAAGGCAAGACAUUCACACCAGCUCCACCGUACGUGAUUGGCCGGAGCAAACAGUGCGCUCCUUGUCGUUGAUUUUAUAGCACUUGAUCCAAUAGAAAUACGACACGUAAUCAGUUCGAUAGCCAAUCAAAAGAUUAAAUCCGAGUUUUGCUUUCUUGGAAUUUUUCCGUCAGCUUUGGUUCCCUGCAUGUAAAUAUCAGUGAUUUCAACCAUCACUGGGAACUGAGUUCAACCGAAAUUAGGAAAAACCUCAGGUCAGUAUAAUGAAUCUUCUUUUUUACGACUUUAGGGUUAAACCCUGCAGAAUUGAAAACUCUCCAGGGUUGUUUGGGUGUAUUGGAAGAAUCAUUACAGCGACUCGAAGAAGAAGGAAAGUGACUUGUGCUGGCCGUGUUUUAAAGAAGUAAUAAGAAGAAAAGAAGGUUACUUAGAUUCGGAUGAAGUAUCGAAUAGUUUUCGGAUUGUUAUGAUGCAAAGAGAAACAGACUUUUUCCUUCGCCUCGAUAAUCGCUCGGUGAAAACUGAUGGGAAUUGCUUGAAACAAAUGCUCUAAGGAAUUCUUGUUUACCAGGAAGAAAGUUCUUUGUCAUUCUAAGGGUAAGAUUUGUGGCGGAUAGUGUAUAUACUACAUGAAAAGGAUAUUUAGUGGUUUGUGGUGGAUGAACAUAAAAUGCGCUUAAAUUGAAAAUUGACCAAGCUUUAAAACCUAAACCUUGAAGGCCUUUUCUUCAGGCAUGGAUAAAAUUUCCCACCUCACGGGCACGGACAACGGUCAGAUGCCCGUGUGUUGUCCUGGAGGGGGGGUGUUGAAGCUUGGAAUUGAUCUGUGCAUUAAUGCAUGGAUCCAGAAUGCGUUUGAACUGCAUAGUACGAAGGUGACAUUUCCCACCGAAUCGACUUGCUUAUUCCCUUAUCAAUCGCCUUGUUUACUACCGAGCCUCUAAAACAGUUUUCAGGUUAUUUUUGCAUCCUUCGAACGCCUUUUAGAUUCUUUUCUUUAAAUUCCCAUUUACAGGGAAGUAGUAUUGAGGAGGGUUACUUGAGCUCUGAUGGAAGAAAAACAACUCCGUGUUUGUUUUUCCUUUGACAUUAAGUAUCUGAAUAUGGUCCUUAAGUCUUAAGCACAAAACAUUCUUUGAAAAUCACUUAUUAAGGAUUAUUCAGUCCUGAUGUUGUACAGAAUUAGCUCGUAUUAUAAAACCUAUAACCUAUAACAAAAAAACUAUAACCGUUUAUUCUGUUGGUCAGAAACUAUCACACCAGUUUUGAUAAACAAAGUAACACUUGACUUCUAGAGGUGAUUUACUUACUACCCUUCUGUCCAAUUUUAAUGUUUUACCCUGCAAACUGCUCAUGAGAAUGGACAAUUAAGGUUUUUAUCACACUUCAGUAUUUUGCACGAAAGUUAAUUUCAUGAAGAAGGGAGAACUAUAAGUCAG